AUGCUGACAUCGACUCAGUCUCAUGCUGCUAUACUCGGAAAGCCUCCGCGGAUAUCACUCACCGCGGGGCUUUCGACUCGAGUGGACCAACAUGCGGUUCAUGCAGCGACUGUAGCAUUCACGGCCACGACAUCUAGCCUGCCCUUGAGCCAGAGGAUUCCUCUGCGUUCAUGGGACAGCCAUAUGCAUGUCGUUGACCCUCAACAGUUUCCGGUGUCUCCGUCGGCAGUAUAUCAACCAGAGGUUCAUACUCUAGCUGACGCUCUGGCUUUCGAGUCCUCCUUGGGCGUCGAGCACCUGGUCUUUGUCCAACCAUCUAUAUAUGGAACUGAUAAUUCCUGCCUAUUAUCCGCUUUGGCAAAACUCGGCCCCUCCCGUGGUCGCGGUGUGGUUGUUGUUGAUCCUGCCACAGCCCAGCCAGAAACGCUAGACAAGUGGCACGAACUUGGAGUCCGAGGUCUCCGAGUAAACUUGCAGUCUGUGGGCAAGGUGAUGGAACAAAGCGAGUUGGAAGAGACAUUACUUCGCCAUGCAGAAAUCGCCCGCCCUCGGAAUUGGAUUAUUGAGGUUUACGUUCCUCUGAAGAUGGUCCCCAUGCUCGAGUCCGUGGUGCCUCGCCUUGGUGUCCCUCUUUGCAUCGAUCAUUUCGGAAGUCCCGAACUAUCUUGCUUGGCUUGGGCCAAAAACAAUAGCACUUUCGAUCCCUAUGUCCUCCCUGGCUUCAGCUCGUUGAUCUCGCUACUCCGAGCCGGAAACACCUACAUCAAAGUGUCCGCGCCUUAUCGACUUACGAAAGACCGACAAAUGCGGGAUCUGAAGGCUAUGGCAAGGGAGUUCCUGGGUGCAGCACCGGACCGGGUCAUCUUCGCCACGGACUGGCCUCAUACUCGCUUCACCGGUGUCGACAUCAGCCCUUUUACCGAGUGGUGCUUAGACCUCUGCACUCACGACCCCGAGUUGGCGGAGAAAUUGUUUAGGCGGAAUACCGAGCGUUUGCUGGAUGUGCAUUCGGACUGA